AUGAGACAAAAGCAGAGAAUCAGUAGACGGUCGAUCAGCCGCCAUCAGCAGUUUCAAGAUCAGGAUAAUACUAAUAAAUUGGAAUUGCUCAAGCAAGUGCUCAACGUCAGACAGGAAGAGGAAACCGAAUUGAAUGAACAGAACGGAUACCAGUCAGACUACACGCUUUCUGAUUUUUCCGUCCAAGAUGUCUAUAGUCUCCAAGAGCUUAGAUUCUUGACAACUCAGUUUUCUGAGCAAUGCAAAGACUUUUCUAUGCGUACGUGGAAGCAUGAGAUGGCUGCCCAGGAAGACUACAGCAAUAUAUUGGUAAAUACCAAAGCUUCUUUGGAGCCGCUGAUCAGAUACCUAAACAAUUUUGAAGUUCAGCUCAAGGAGCUCUCUUUACAGAUGGAAUUUCUACAAGAAAGAAGCAACGAAUUAAACCAGCAGAUCGAACAGAAAAAUAAAAUCAACAGAAAACUGGCUCCAAUAGUUAAUGACCUUGUGAUCCCACCAAAAGUUAUUCUUUCCGUCUUGAAUGAUAAUAUUGACGCAUCAUGGACAAAAAAUAUCAUCUUCAUCAAAGAAAAGCAACAACUGCUAUCAAAGUAUACUGAACAAGAUGAGCUGCAAAUCAAAUGCUCACCAAUGGUAGUCAAAGUGCUAGAAUUACUGAAACUCACGGUUGUUGAACGAUCAAGAGAUUUUAUAAUUAACCAGAUCAAGCUGUUGAGAAAACCUAAUUGUUCAUCUCAAGUGAUUCAAAAGCAAUUAUUAGAUUGUAAACUCAUUUAUUCUUUUCUAAAAGAAAACUCACCGGAGUUGGCCACGCAAUUAAGAAAAGCAUACGCCUACACAAUGAGAUGGUACUACCAUCAGAACUUUUCUAAAUACCUCUAUUCUUUAGAGAGGCUUGAAUAUCGAACUGUUCCGCGAGACGUACUAUUAGGGGAAACCGUAGACUCUCAAUUACAUGUUAAUGAGUAUUUAAACUUGGGGACCCGGGCUGAACUUAUCAAUUCUCACUCCACUUUGAUGCCUGCUCAAAUUGCCGAAACAAACCAGUUGUCUUACUACAUAGAAACAGGUUUCAAUAACUUCAACGGUGCUCUUUUAGACAAUGUUUCAACCGAGUAUCUGUUCCUUAGUCAGUUUUUUGAGCUGUACAAGUUUGAUGAAGUGAACGAUCUAUUCAAGUUGAUUUUUCAACCAACUUUCACAAUUGGUAUUAAUUACACAAAAAACCUUAUUCGUGGUACAUUUGACAUCUAUGGAGUAUUGCUUUGUAUCCGAUUGUCUCAGCUGUACGAUUAUGAAUUGCAACAUCGCAAGAUCCCUGUAAUGGAUGAUUAUAUCAACUUACAACUAAUUAACUUGUGGCCCCAUUUUCAAAUUAUUAUAGACGAAAACUGCGAGUCUUUGAAAAAAGCCGUUCCCAAGUUAGCAGUGCAAUUACACAAGACAAAGAACACUCUUAUUCCACUUGUGCUUACUCAACAGUUUGGUCAACUCAUUGCGGGACUAUUAAAAUUGACUACUCACAAGGUGUUUGAGACGGAACAGACAGAACCAUUAACUGUCGGAGUAUCAAGGCUCAGUAAUGAAUUCGAAGCAGCACUUACUAAACUCAGUUCAAGUUUUAAAGACAGCAACCAAAAGGAACUAUUUUUCUACAACAACUUUUAUCUAGUAUUAACAAUGCUCUCAGAUGAUGGAAAGUUUGCACAUGAUAUUGUAAACCACUUUGAAAAGCUUUUGCAAGCGUACAAAUCAUAA